UUGUGUAAACUAGGAACAUCUGUAGUGCAAUAAGGGACCAUGGGUGUUUGUGGUGACCAUAGUAUUUAUUCCUAUUUUUACGACUGCGGUAGAAUCUCCGGGCAACAUUCAAGCAAGAGAAUAACAUGCAAACUGACCUGAGGGAACUAAACCAGGACCCUGGAGAAAAAGCAGAAUAAGGAGUUUACAGCUUAUGCCUAACGAAGCAGGAUAAGUUUAAUUAAAGAAAGGGGCGGGGUUCGUCCAACUUGCGUAAAUGAGUUUACGCAAUUCCCCUUUUAUGUGUUUGUUGUUGCUGAUUGUUGGACACUGGAUUGGGAGACUGCAUCUUUACUAAGAAAUGAAUAUUACAGCUAACACAACAGAUUUGAAGUGGAAUUGGUCCAUGGUGGAGAAGUCUGUGAUUGUGGUUGUUCUUAGCAUUGAGACGGUGAUGGGAAUUCUGGGAAAUAGUCUAGUCCUGAUUGUUAAAAUGUUGCGCAGAGAUCAAUUUCAGUGUGUUUACUGGCUCCCAUUUGUCAGUCUUACACUCUCUGACUUGUGUUGUGCCAUACUGAUCAUGACCGGUUCCUUACUGGCUGUUGUGACCGGAGGUCAGGUGUCACCAUGGUGUGAAUUGGUCAGCCUGUUCAAGUUCACUUUCAUCACGUCUUCCAUUGGAAGUUUAGCACUCCUCUGUGUUCAGCGAUUUAUGGGAUUGUCCUCCACUAGAAGAUGGCUGUCUGUCACCCUAACAGUGGCAUGUCUGGCUUCCUGGUUGCUGGGCGCCAUUUUCGGAAUGGUGCCGGUGAUCUUUGAGUGGGUUAGGUUUGACUCUGCAGAGAUGCUGUGUGCUGUGUUCUGGGAGAGCAGCUACUCUGACAUGAUGGUCUACCUACUCUGUGCUUUCUCUAUCACAAUAUUUCCACAUUUGCUGCUCAUUGUUAUCUGCUCCUUACUGACUUGGGCUGGCUAUGGGAAAAACUCUGCCAGGCAAACAGAUUUGUCAUCCGUCACACCACUGUUGGUGGGAACUUAUUUGCUCUGCUAUACUCCUUUUACUAUGUCAGAGCUCAUUCUUCUGGGGAGGAUGGAUCUGACACUGUCUCCUGAGUGGCUGAGAACACUUUCAUCAAUAAUGGCGUAUCUGGACUGUUGUUUGAAUCCCAUUAUUUACUGCACUAACCAAGACUUUCGAGAAGCAGUACUUGCACUUCUGUGGACCAACAGAAAGUCAGUCUUCCCUGAACCUGUUCUGAUUAGUGUGACCAAAAUAGACACAUAAUCUUGAUAUGAAAAAGAAAUGAUUGUAAAAAAACAUGUUGGUGGUCUAAGAUACUGUAUAAUUAGCACUUUGAAUAUAAUUUAAAACUAAAUACUGGCAAAAAACAACAACAUUGUUUUAUUUAUUUAUUUAUUAUAAGAUAUGUGAUGCAUGGUUGCAUGUGAUGGAUGUUUUUUCUACAUAUAUAAAUGUGUUUGUCUCAGUACAACUGCAGGAUUAAUGUAGAAAAAUAACUAACUCCACCCAACUAACUCCCCUUAUUAUUAUUUUUAUUGCUUUAUUUAUUUAUUUAUUUAAAUUUUAUAAAUGUUACCCUUAACACUAUGUCUGGCAAACAUAAAUUAUAUACCUCCUAUUUACAGUAUGUCUGUAUUUGUUUAGAACACAUUAUCUGUUCCUGUGAAAUAAUGUAUUCAUAUUCAGUUAAAUUCCCAGUAUUUGUGUUAUUUACUUUAUUGAACCAUUUAAGCCUUUGCUGUGAAUGAGACACUGACCUGUUAGUGUUUAAGCCCACUGUAUUACUUUAAUAAAAACCAAACAAUUUAAAAGUUAUUAAAUAUGACCUGGCUUUGUGUUUUAAAGUGUCAUUAGUGGACACUCUCCACUUUCAUGUUUAUCAGUGUCCGGUAAAAUUGAAUAUUUGUUAGUCAUUUUGAAUUUACGCUAUGUAUUUUUUUUUUUUUAUCCUUUAGACCAAUCUAUGCACUUCCAAAGUAUUUGCUUAAGGCUAACACACCUCACUAGUUACCCUUCGGACUGGAGUCUUUUUUCUGGUUAGCCUCACAAACAAGGCAUUCUGUUAUAGCCACACAGCUGUUUAGAUUCAAUGCCAUGACUUCUCAUCCAUGCA